AUGGAGCACCAUGAUGAUGAAUCGCGGGCUGGAAGCGGCGAGCAUAAUGGCAAGCAGGACGACGAGGAAGCUGUUGCUCGAUCUGAGGAAAUGAAGAAAUCAAUGGAGGCUAAAAUUGCCCUUCGUCGUAGUAAUCUGAAUCCGGAAAGGCCUGACUCAGGGUUCCUCAGGACAUUAGAUUCUAGCAUAAAACGCAACACAACAGUUAUUAAAAAAUUAAAGCAGAUUAAUGAAGAGCAGAGAGAAGGGCUGAUGGAGGACUUGCGAAACGUUAACCUUAGCAAGUUUGUUAGUGAGGCGGUGACAGCUAUAUGUGAUGCAAAACUUAGAAGUUCCGACAUACAAGCUGCAGUGCAGAUCUGCUCGUUGCUUCAUCAACGCUACAAAGAUUUCUCCCCAAGCCUGGUACAAGGACUUUUGAAGGUCUACUUUCCUUCAAAAUCAGGUGAAGACUUGGAUACGGACAAGAAUUCCAAGGCCAUGAAAAAAAGGAGCACUUUGAAACUGCUUUUAGAACUUUAUUUUGUCGGCGUUCUAGAAGACUGCAGUGUCUUUAUCAGUAUAGUUAAAGAUCUUACUAGCUCAGAACACUUAAAGGAUCGGGAUGCUACUCAAACCAAUCUGACAUUGCUUGCUAGUUUUGCUCGGCAAGGGAGAGUGUUUUUAGGGCUUCCAUUCUCUGGACAUGAAAUUGAGGAAGAGUUUUUCAGAGGUCUUAAUAUCACGCCAGAACAGAGGAAAAUGUUCAGGAAGCCAUUUCAUGCUUAUCAUGAUGCUGUUUCAGAACUUCUUCAAUCUGAGCAUGCAUCCCUUCGCCAGAUGGAGCAUGAAAAUGCUAAGAUUUUGAAUGCUAAAGGGGAGCUGAGUGAUGAACAUGCCUCAUCAUAUGAGAAGCUAAGAAAAUCAUAUGACCAUUUAUAUCGCAAUGUUUCAUCAUUAGCUGAAGCCUUGGAUAUGCAACCCCCAGUAAUGCCAGAGGAUGCACACACAACGAGGGUUACUAGUGGGGAGGAUGCCUCGUCACCUGCUGCUGGCAAAGAAUCCUCUGUUCCUGAACCCCUGUGGGAUGAUGAAGAUACCAGAGCCUUCUACGAGUCCUUACCAGAUCUAAGAGCAUUCGUUCCUGCUGUUUUAUUGGGAGAGUCAGAAGGCAAAGCCAAUGAUCAAUCUGCAAAGACUCAAGAGCAGCCUGCUGAGUCAUCUCUGGAAGCUGAUCAAGGCCAACCUACACAAGAAACCACUGAGAUUCCUGGUGAAUCUGGUAUUCUAAUUGACUCAAAAGUUCUGGAUAAGGGGAAGGAGAAAGAAGAGAAAGAUAAAAGUAAAGACACGGAGAAAGAGAAAGGCAAAGAUAAAGAUGGUGAGAAGAAAGGUGAAAAUGAGAAGGAGAAGCUCAAAGGUGUUGAGGGGACAAAUUUGGAUGCUCUUCUGCAAAGGCUUCCUGGUUGUGUGAGCCGCGACUUAAUUGAUCAACUGACGGUAGAGUUUUGCUAUUUAAAUUCAAAGUCAAGCAGGAAAAAGCUUGUGAGGGCAUUGUUUAAUGUACCUCGUACAUCUUUGGAAUUGUUACCGUACUACUCACGCAUGGUUGCUACAUUGUCAACAUGCAUGAAGGAUGUGUCGUCCAUGCUCUUACAGAUGCUGGAGGAGGAGUUCAAUUUCUUAAUUAAUAAAAAGGAUCAAAUGAACAUCGAAACCAAGGUCAGGAAUAUAAGAUUUCUUGGAGAGUUAUGUAAGUUCAGGGUUGCACCAGCUGGCUUGGUUUUUAUUUGUUUGAAGGCCUGUUUAGAUGAAUUUACUCAUCACAAUAUUGAUGUUGCAUGCAAUCUUCUUGAGACCUGCGGCCGCUUCCUAUAUAGGUCUCCUGAAACCACUGUGCGCAUGGCCAACAUGUUGGAAAUACUCAUGCGCUUGAAAAAUGUGAAAAAUUUGGACCCUAGACAUAGCACCCUUGUAGAAAAUGCUUACUAUCUGUGUAAACCACCUGAGAGAUCUGCACGGGUGUCUAAAGUCCGCCCUCCCCUGCAUCAAUACAUCCGAAAGUUACUAUUCUCGGAUCUGGAUAAGUCCUCCAUCGAGCGUGUGCUGCGACAACUCCGUAAAUUGCCAUGGAGUGAAUGUGAGGAUUAUCUCUUGAAAUGCUUUCUGAAGGUUCACCGGGGGAAGUAUGGGCAGAUUCACUUGAUUGCUUCUCUCACUGCCGGGCUAAGCCGCUAUCAUGAUGAGUUUGCAGUUGCUGUUGUCGAUGAGGUUUUGGAGGAGAUCAGAGUUGGCCUAGAAUUAAAUGACUAUGGGAUGCAGCAAAGACGCAUUGCACAUAUGCGCUUCUUGGGCGAGCUUUAUAACUAUGAGCAUGUGGAUUCAUCAGUCAUUUUUGAGACUUUGUAUCUGAUUGUAGUAUUUGGUCAUGACACACCUGAGAGAGAUGUGCUGGAUCCACCUGAGGAUUGCUUCCGCAUUAGGAUGGUUAUCACUCUCCUUGAUACAUGUGGACACUACUUUGAUCGAGGUUCUUCAAGGAGGAAGCUUGAUCGAUUUUUGUUACACUUCCAGCGUUAUAUUCUCAGCAAAGGUUGCCUUCCUCUUGAUGUUGAGUUUGACUUGCAGGAUUUAUUUGCUGAUUUGCGCCCUAACAUGAUCCGGUACUCAUCCGCUGAAGAAGUCAAUGCAGCUCUUCUAGAACAUGAAGAGAAUGAACGUCAUGUUUCGGAAAAGCAUCAUAGCGAAAGACGGGAAAGGCGCUCUGAUACUGGGAAGCCUCCUGUCAGGACACUUUCCAACAAUGCCCCCUCUGCUAAUGGUCAAAGGCUUGUGAAUGGAGAUGACGAAAAUGGCGGGUUACAUGAGGAUGUUCUGGAUAGUGACACUGAUUCAGGUGGUAGUGGCACAAUUGAACAUGAUGACGAGAUGGAUGAAGAAACCCAUGAUGAUGAAGGUGGCACGGAUGAGGAUUAUGAUGACAGGGAUGCACCUGGUUCUGAUGAGGAUGAUGAGGUUCGUAUCAGACAAAAGGUAGCGAAUGUGGACCCCGAGGAGGAGGCCAGUUUUGAACAGGAGUUGAAGGCAGAGAGCAUGGAGCAGCGGAGGCAGGACUUGCGUGGUCGACCAGCACUUAACAUGGUCAUACCGAUGAACUUGUUUGAGGGAUCAUCCACCAAGGAUCAUCAUUAUGGCAGAGGGGUUGGAGCUGAAAGUGGUGGCGGAGGUGAUGAAGUAUUGGAUGAGGAAGCUGGAGAAGGUGGCAAGGAGGUUAAAGUCAAAGUACUUGUUAAGCGUGGCAACAAGCAACAGACGAAACAGAUGUAUAUUCCCAGUGAUUGCUCUCUCGUGCAGAGCACAAAACAAAUGGAAGCGGCCGAGUUGGAAGAGAAACAAGAUAUCAAGAGGUUUGUGUUGGAGUAUAAUGACAGGGAAGAAGAGGAGAACAAUGGCCUCGGGCCCCAGCAGACAUCAAACUGGAGCCCUAGCGGUGGUGGACAUGGCGGCAGAUCUGGCGGCCGAAGUGGGCCAUGGGAUGGAAGUGGUGGUGGAAGAGGUGUUGGAUCCCAACGUCAUAGGCAUAUUUAUCAUUCUGGCGGUGGAUUCUAUCAUGGAAGGCGAAGGUGA